AUGGUGAUUGCCGGAGGGCUUGAGCCGUCGCUAGAGCGCGCUGCCGCCUCGUCGGCUGCGCCCGCCAAUUCCCAGACGGUGGCCGAAAAGGCAACCAUGGCGACGAAGCCCCCGCUGCCGCCGGCUCUGAAGCCCAAGACAGUAGUCUCUGAAAUGCCUCCUCCCCUCGUACCCGCGGUUCCUGUUGCGGCGAGCUUGCCUGCCCAAUCUGUGCCUGUCCCUGCGCCGUCCGCUCCUGCUGCUGCCGCCGUUCACUUGGCUCCUCAUGCUGUGUCGUCGGCGACUGUCCCUAACGAGGCUGGUGUUGAUCCGCCCGUUCCUGCUCCUGCCGCGCCUGUUGCGACGCCCGCUGCCAUCCCCGCUGGCUCAGCGCCUGCCGCUGCUUUGUCACCGCAGGCGGCGUCCGCCACCACUGCCGCCCCGGCCCUGAGUGCAAGUCGUCUCGUCGCUGGCGCGACACUCCACAGCGUUAUCAGCAGCAGGCGCACUGGCCUGUGUUGUGCCAACACACUAUAG